GGAUUUUUACACUCCUCGCCUUUAUUUUUAAACGGAUCCACCAUCUGAGGCUGCUGGGUUGCCUUUGGCUCUGGCUUCUAUUCUUCGCUGGCUAUGAAUGUUCUGCCUUGAAGAUGGAGACUCUGUGGCUUUUAUUCCUGUCGCUGGUCCCGGUGUACAUCAGGGGACAAGGGGUCUAUGCUCCUGCCCAGGCACAGAUCAUUCAUGCUGGGCAGGCAUGUGUUGUAAAGGAAGAUAACAUCAGUGAACGAGUGUACACUAUUCGGGAAGGUGACAUCCUUGUUCUGCAGUGUUUAGUUACAGGGCACCCACGGCCACAGGUGAGGUGGACCAAAACUGCUGGCAGCGCCUCGGACAAAUUCCAGGAGACAUCGGUGUUGAAUGAAACGCUUCUGAUUGAGAAGAUCCAGAGGCUUCAGGGGGGUCGUUAUUACUGUAAAGCAGAGAAUGGGGUUGGGGUCCCUGCCAUCAAGUCCAUUCGAGUAGAUGUGCAGUAUUUGGACAAGCCCGUCCUUACUGUCCAUCAAACUAUCAGUGAUGUCCGUGGGAGUUUUUAUCAUGAGAAAACAGUCUUCCUUCGAUGCACAGUCAGCUCUAAUCCACCUGCUCGCUUCAUCUGGAGAAGGGGUUCCGAGACACUUUCCCACAGUCAGGAUAAUGGAGUAGAUAUCUAUGAACCACUGUACACAGAGGGAGAAACAAAAGUUCUGAAACUGAAAAAUCUACGACCCCAUGACUAUGCCAGUUAUACAUGUCAGGUAUCUGUGAGAAAUGUGUGUGGCAUCCCUGAUAAGACAGUCACCUUCGAGCUGACCAACACAACAGCUCCACCAGCUCUAAAACUAUCUGUGAAUGAGACUUUAGUGGUAAAUCCAGGGGAUAAUGUUACCAUAUACUGUUCAUUAACAGGCGGGGAUCCUUUGCCUCAGGUAGUCUGGUCUCACUCCCCUGGUCCUCUGCCUCUGAACAGCCUGAUCCAAGGGGGCAAUCUUACCAUCUGGGGCAUUCAAACUGAAGAUUCAGGUUAUUACAACUGUACAGCAAUCAACAAUGUGGGAAAUCCAGCCAAGAAGACAGUGAACCUAUUGGUGCGAUCCAUGAAGAAUGUAACUUUCCAGAUCACCCCUGAUGUCAUCAAAGAGAGUGAAACCAUCCAGCUAGGACAGGACCUGAAGCUCUCAUGCCACGUGGAUGCUGUGCCACAAGAAAAAGUUUUCUACUUCUGGUACAAGAAUGGGAAGCUGGCCAAAUUCUCAGAUCGAGUAGUUGUCAUCAAAAAUGACCCCGAACUUCCCCCUGUGACAAGCAGCCUAGAGAUAAUUGAUCUCCGUUUCACGGACUAUGGUACAUACGUGUGUGUGGCAUCUUUCCAAGGAGCCCCCAUCCCUGACCUUAGUGUUGAGGUCAACAUUUCUUCAGAAACAGUGCCUCCAACCAUCAUGGUGCCCAAGGGUCAAUCCAUCAUUACUGUCCGUGAAGAUUCGAGAGCAGAAUUACAGUGUGAAGUCCGAGGGAAACCCAAACCUCCUAUCAUCUGGUCCAGAGUUGAUAAAGAGGCUCCUAUGCCUUCAGGGACCAUGACAGUGGAAACAAAUGAUGGGAAGCUGUAUUUUGAGAAGGUGACUCAAAAAAUGAGUGGGAUUUACAAAUGCCAGACAGCCAGAUACAAUGGCUUCAACAUUAGACCUCGAGAGGCCCUGGUGCAACUCAACGUACAGUUCUCCCCUGUUGUGGAACCAGUCUUCCAAGACAUUCGGCAAGCCAUGGGACGCAGUGUAACCCUUCGAUGCACUAUGUUAAAGGGAAGCCCUAUGAAAGUGGCCACAGCUGUCUGGAGAUUUAAUGGCAGUCUUCUAACAGUGCCUCCAACAGAGCAGCAAGACUACUCAGAAUAUAAAGUGGACACUGUAAGCCGGGAGACUAGUGGCAACUACGAAUGUAGCAUCUCCAAUGAUGUUGGGGUAGCAGUUUGCAAAUUCCAGGUAUCAGCUAAAGCUUAUAGCCCAGAAUUUUACUAUGAUACCCCCAAUCCUACAAGGAAGCAAUCCAAGAACUACUCCUAUGUCUUACAGUGGACACAGAAGGAACCUGAUGCUGUCGAUCCCAUUCUUAGUUACCGCCUAGAUGUCCGCCAGCUGAAUCACAGGGAUUUGCCACCUAAAUCCAUUUCUGUGAGGAAGAUGGAAAAGGGCAUGUUACAGGAAUACCUCCUGACUGACUUGAAGGUGCCUCAAAGCUAUGAACUUCGCUUGACACCUAUAACCCGGUUUGGGAUGGGGGACAUCGUUACUCGCAUCAUCCACUAUAUAGAACCAAUCAGCUACCCUAACCCAGUAGGUAAGUGAUUAUUCUCCCAUGCUUUAUUUUUCUUUUUAUGUAUCCUGCUUCUUAGAACUGAAGUGGAAUCUUAAUAGUGAAAAAUAUACUUUGAAACUAAACUUUAUUGAAAAUCCUUGCUUACCAUAUAUAGUAAAGUAAAUUUAAAACACCUAGAAUAAUUUUCACUUAUACCAAGUCACUAUUUGUUUUCUGGAUCAAUGCCACUUUUCUGUGUUUUAUAUUCUUAUUCAAGAAGAAAUUAUUUUAAAUGUAUCUAAUAAAUGAAGUAUUUAUCAACAAUCAGAAUCAGCUGACCCAGAGAAUACAGCCAGAUAUACAGGAAGAUCCUAUAUGCAUACAGUAUGGUGUAUGAUGUACGCAGUGCUUAAACUUAGAGGUAGGAUUAGUUUUUUUUAAACAAAAAGUAAAAGGAAAGUAAUGAAGACCCAGAAAAGACAAUUUGAUCUAUUUGUGUUGAGCUCUACUUUAUUGCUCAAGCAUAUUUCACAGCAAUCUUCUCAGACUGGCAGUUCGCCCCCAGAGAGACUAUGUAAGAUUUAACAGUAUUCAAGGGAGAGUCAGACCUUGUCUUCUUGUGUCUACAUAACAAUUCCCUCACUUGAUCCCUCCGUCUGAAUGUGACAGUCUCUCUGACAACUUGAUCAUCAGAAACUGACCAUUAGAUGGCAGCAAAGAGUCAGUUUUCUUGCCCUCUAAUGGUUCUUGGGACUGUUACAGUUCA